AUGAGAAUAUUCAAACUAGGGCUAGCAACCCUUCCAAGCGUUGUAUAUGGACAAACAUCAACGUCAAUUUCAAAUCAUACUGUGCUUCCAACAAGCAAAGUCACGAAUACCACUACUUCGACGUCAAGCGGACUAGUUCAUACGAGCAUCCCUACAUCCUGUGGUGAUGUCUCCAAUCUCGAAUUUCCUGUGGACGCCGCUAAAGGAUGGAGAGUUACAAAGGUUGCGGGAAGCUUGAUACAACCGCGAGGACUCGCCUUCGACGGUGCUGGUAAUCUCCUGGUGGUUCAAAAAGGGUUUGGUAUAACUGCGCACAAGGUAUUUCCAAAUGGGUGUCUUGAGCCUCCCAAGGUAGUGAUUGCACAGCAAAAUCUCAAUCACGGCAUCGUGUUCAGCCAGGAUGGCAAGACGCUUUAUGCCAGUUCUGCAACCUCGGUCUUCGCUUGGGCAUAUGAUGCAGCGACAAUGAGUAUAUCAGGAAGCUCGAGGACAAUAGUAACAGGUAUGGAUAGCAAAGGCCAUAUCACACGGUCCCUCAGUAUCCCACCAAAAUACCCAAACUUGCUCCUUGUUUCACACGGCUCAAACGGCAAUAUCGAUUAUGGUUCUCUUGAUAUCAAAACUGGGCGCGCUUGCAUCAAGGUCUUCAACACAACAACCAUACCACCCAAUGGCUAUGACUAUAUCAAUUCUGGCACUCAACUUGGCUACGGUCUUCGUAACGAAGUCGGUCUCGCCUUUGACGCAGCAUCGCACCUCUGGGGCGUCGAAAACUCUGCUGACGAACUGUACCGUACCAUCAACGGCGUCUCAACUGACAUUCAUAAUGACAACCCCGCCGAUGAGCUCAACUAUAUCGGCGACCCAUCAGGCGAAAAUAAGGAUUGGUACGGGUACCCUACCUGCUUCACUGCCUUCUCUCCAUCAACCAUCCCCGGAGGAAACUUUACUGUGGGCGACCAGUUCGUAUUGGAGCCCAAUACCACCUUCACCGACAACACAUGCAAAGAGCGCAGUGUAGCACCUCGGGUUGCGCUGCCUGCACAUUCGACACCGCUCGAUGCAAAGUUCAACACGGAUUUCUCUGCUCUAUACGUCACUCUUCACGGGAGCUGGAACCGCGAUCCGCCUGUGGGAUUCAAAGUCAUUCAGGUGCCGUUCGAGCAGGCAAAUGGGAGCUUUGGACCGAUACGAAGGGGUAACGCUACGGAGGCAUGGGAAGAUGUCUUGUGGAAUGAGAGUGUGGAUACAUGUUCCAAGACGAGCUGCUUUCGACCUGUUGGCUUGGCGGUGGAUAGGUGGGAUAGAGUGUAUGUUAGUAGCGAUAGCUCGGUGGAAGGUGAGGUCGUUAUGUUGGGAAGGGACUAAGUGAGAUGGGGCUGCUGGGUUAUCGUUAGUGACAAAACUGUUCAAGGUCUUGCUUCUUAGGCAGCUCGCGUGUGGGCAGCGGAGCUUCAG